CAUAGAGUACUCUAUGGUCAGUGGCUCAGUUGGGCUCAGUGCUGAUAACAGAUUAUCAUCCCAACAUCAAUUACACUAAUUUAUAUUGUAAUGUUCAAUGUUCACCUCAUUUGUAUUUCAUUCACAAAUUUUAUCCAAACUCCAAAGCUUUUGAAUCUCCAGGACCAGAAUUCUUGACGGCUACCUGCACAUCCCACGACCAAGACAUUUUUUCAACACAAUCGUGGGUUAGGAAAGAGGGGGAAAAGGAGCAGCAAAUAAAGCUGGUCUGUUGCUAAAAAAGUCAUGGCUCACAAAUGUAUCAGGAGGAUGAAAGUUUUGUUGAAGAUUCUAAGCAAUGAAAACUUCGGAGCAAAGGCCCAAUUUUGCACUGGCAGAAUGCAGAGAGGUAAAAGGAAAGUAAUCAUUGAUGAUGUAGAAAAGGUAAUAAGUGAUGCAAAAAAUCCUGAAUUUGUGCCUCAUAAAUACUUGAAAGAGAAACUAAACCAAGAGGAGCUAAGUCAUUUGAGAUGGAUGCUACAAAAAGAAAACAUGAAGCAAGAUAUAUUUUUAAUUGGACGGCCAGGAAUCAGCCGAAGAAAUUUAGCUAUGGCUUUUUUAGAGCUGACCUGUAAAGAAUAUGAAUAUGUUUCUUUGUCACGAGAUACCACAGAAGCAGAUUUGAAGCAAAGACGUGAAAUUAUCAAUAGUUCUGCAAAGUAUAUUGAUCAGAGUGCCGUGCGAGCAGCUACGCAAGGGAGAGCUCUAGUACUAGAAGGGAUCGAAAAAGCUGAAAGAAACGUUUUACCUGUUCUGAAUAAUUUACUUGAGAAUAGAGAGAUGCAUCUAGAAGAUGGUAGAUUUCUAAUUGAAAGCCAUACAUAUGAUAAAUUACUUGAGAAACAUGGUGAGGCAGAGUUGAAAAAGUGGCAUUUAACUCGAGUAAGCGAAGAUUUUCGAGUCAUAGCUCUUGGUUUACCUGUUCCAGCUUAUCAAGGCAAUGCUCUAGAUCCACCUCUGCGAUCUCGGUUUCAAGCCCGCAAUAUUGCACCUCCCCUUUACGAGGAUUUGCUAGAUGAGCUUCAAGAGAAGUAUCCGGAGUUGGAUGCGAGACUUCCUCAGUUAUUGUCAGUUGCUUUUGCCCUGUCUUCGGUUGAAUCAAGGAGUCUUGGCCUUCCUGAUUUUCCCCUAGAGAAUAUUGAGAAAGUUGCAGCUCAAUUGGUUAAAUAUCCAGAUUUGUCAGUCUCAGAUGCCGUGAAGAAACUAUAUCCCUACAGCAUUUUUGUGCCAAGAACAGAGCAAAAUACUGUAGAAAAUUUAAUCAAAGACUUACUUCCAUCAGAAAGCAAACAAACAUAUAAGGUCUUAGACUUCACGAUAAGUGAUAACUUGCUUGAAAGUAUGAAAGUUUCCAUCUCACCAAGUGAAGUGACUCUCAAUGUACCUUCAGGAAGCAAUGCAUCCCGACCUACGGAGAGUCAAAACUUUAUUUUCACUCCAUACUUAGACCACACAUUCGCCUCAAUUUUACUGUCUCAUAGCACUAGUGACUUUUGCAUCGUAGGACCAAAAGGGUGCGGUAAAUCAGCAAUUAUAAGGCACUUAGCCAACAAAUUAAAUUACCAGAUCGAACCAGUAGUGCUUUACCGUGACAUCACCUCACGUGAUCUAAUUCAGCAAAGAACGACUUUACCCAAUGGUGAUACUGUUUGGCAAAAUUCACCACUAGUUACCGCUGCCCUCGAGGGGAAGCUAGCCGUUCUUGAUGGUAUCCAUCGAGUCCAUCCUUCCACCCUCUGCUUGAUCCACCGGUUGGUCCAUGACCGUGAACUCCAGUUGUACAAUGGCGAGAGGCUUUUACGGCAUGACCGAUACGAUGCCCUGGCAGAAAAGUUUGGUGAAUCCUACCUGACAGAUUCAAAAAUUUUCCGAAUACACCCUGCUUUCAGGAUUGUGGCCCUUGCAGAGUCCCCUGGGGGUGACAUUCCACAGUGGUUGACAUCUGAAUUGCUAAGUCUAUUUUUAUUCCAUGAAAUGAGGCCACUCAAUCUAGAGGAAGAAACUUUUAUCAUGCAGUCAUUGUUCAAUGUCCCUGCAGAAACGUUUGAAGGCUUGCUGUAUGCUGCUGAACACCUUAGAACAGCUAAAGAUCCUGCAUUAUCAUCUUUAGCUAAUUUUCUUUCUACAAGGCAGCUUUUACGGACAGCGAGAAAAUGUUCUACCUACAGACAUACUUCACUGGAUGUGUAUGAUAUUAUUCAAAAUGCUUGCAUGGCCAAAUUUCUUCCUCCCUUGACUAAGCAUUCCUUGGACACCAUUCUCAAAAAAUUAGACAUAAUUCCAAGAAAUGAAAGCUUUGCCACGAAAUUUUUGGAAAUUCGAGAAGAUACAGUCACAAUAGGAGAUACCACUGUUCCUAGGUACAAAACAGAAGCUAAAAGUAAAGUCCCACAAGUUCUAUUUUAUGAUGUCCCUCAACAUUUGAAUUUACUUGAGAAGCUAAUGCAAGAUUUUUCAGUUGGAGAACAUAUCCUUCUUGUUGGUAACCAAGGAGUUGGUAAAAAUAAAGUGACAGACCGUUUACUUGAACUUUUAAAUAGGCCGAGAGAAUAUAUUCAACUUCAUCGUGAUACAACAGUUCAGUCUCUCACUGUGCAGCCCUCUUUGGUUGGUGGUGUUGUACGCUAUGAAGAUUCUCCACUUGUGCAAGCUGUAAAAUCUGGUCAUGUGUUAGUGAUAGAUGAAGCUGACAAAGCUCCAACACAUGUAACAUGUAUCCUAAAAACCUUGAUUGAAUCAGGUGAAAUGAUUCUCUCUGACAGAAGGCGUAUUGUGCCCAAUACAGAUCCACGAGCUGUCAACAAAUUGCCUGAUAUAAUUCCAAUUCAUCCUGAUUUCCGAAUCAUCAUGUUGGCUAAUCGGCCAGGUUUUCCUUUCUUGGGUAACGAUUUGUUCAGCUCCUUUGGUGACCUUCUUAGUUGCCACAUAGUUGACAAUCCAAACCCAGAAUCAGAAAGAAUGUUGUUAAAAAGUUAUGGACCUGAUGUCUCUGAUACUGUGAUUGAUAAAUUGAUCAAAGUCUUUGGAAAGCUAAGGGAACUCUCUGAUCAGAAUCUUGUAUCGUAUCCUUACUCCACGAGAGAAGCCAUUAAUAUAACCAAGCACCUGCAGACCUUUCCUAAUGAUGACAUCUCUGAUGCUCUUGGUAAUGUCUUUGAUUUCGACGGUUAUAGUGAAAAUUCUCUCGAAGUUCUAUCUGAAGUAUUUUUUGAAAAUGGCAUUCCAACGGACAUUUUGACAAAAACAAGGAAAACUAAAGUUGGAACUCGGCGGCAAUUAACCAUCGAAAGGGAUAGUGGCCUAGACACAUCGGGGCCAAAACAUGGGAAAGUUGACAAGGAUGGCAAUCCUCAUGUCGGUGGUAACACUUGGGCAGGUGGCACUGGUGGCCGAGAUACAGCAGGCUUAGGUGGAAAAGGAGGACCGUAUCGCCUGGAUGCUGGUCAUGAUGUCCAUCAGUUAAGUGAUGAAGAAAAAGCAAAUGUUCCAAAGCAUGUUUUGGAAGCUGCCAGGAAAAUGAACCGCGAAACAUUCAAGAAGCGGCUGCAGGAAAUACAAAUGAGCGAAUAUGAUGCAAAAGUGUAUGAAGAAUAUUCAAGUGCUGUUGCUAAGGAGGUUCAAGCAUUGAAAAUAAUUUUAAGUAGUCUACAAGCAAAAUCAAAAGAAAGGGAGUGGUCCAGGCAUCAGACUUCAGGCGAAUUAGAUGAUGCAAAAUUAAUAGAAGGCAUCACCGGGGAGCAAGCCAUUUAUAGACGCCGCACUGAACCGCAGCCAGACAUUCCUAACAUUCAGCAAAAACCAAAAAGACUGAAACUUGUGGUUGAUGUGUCUGCUAGUAUGUACCGAUUCAAUGGUUAUGAUGGGAGAAUGAUUAGACAAAUGGAGGCUGUUGUCUUAGUGCUGGAAGCACUAGCUGGGCACGAGGAUCGCAUUAAAGUUGAUAUCGUUGGUCAUUCGGGCGAAGAUGAUGAUAUUGUUUUCUUUAAAGAAGAUAAUCCACCAAAAAAUAAUAAAGAACGUCUAGAGUUAUUGAAGACAAUGCAUGCUCACUCUCAAUUUUGCUAUUCGGGAGAUAACACUCUACAAGCUAUAAAAAAUGCUGUUACGUCACUGGCAAAAGACAAGGACAAGUGGGAUGAAGCUAUUGUCGUCGUUUUCUCUGAUGCUCAUUUGACGCGCUAUAGAAUUGCACCAUCAGAGUUGUCGCAAGCAUUGCAAUCGGAACCAUCUGUCAAUGCUUUCGCAAUUUUCAUUGGGUCCCAAGGCAACAAUGCUGAAAUGCUCCUUCAAGCACUUCCAGUUGGCAAAGGGUUUAUAUGCAUGGACCUAUCAAAUAUUCCUAAAAUUUUGCAGCAGAUCUUCUCAUCCGCUCUGCUAAAUACAAGAUAAAAAUUGCAGAGGUUAACCUUACUUAAUGUUACUGUUGCAUCUUGUGAUAUUUCUCCUAGAGGGUACCUGUUACAUUCAAUCUAAAAUAUGUUCCCAUAUUACCUUACCAAAGGAUAGAAGCAACAACUUAAUUGGCCCAAAACACUGACGAAGAAACAACUUAAAACUGAGUCUCACAAUAAUAGCAGUGAGGCUCAUAGUGUCCUUCUUUCUCAUUUUCUUUGUUUUUGCCGGUUGAAAAUGAGGGCGUGAUCCCUGCGAACCGCUCCGGGCUUUUUAUUUUAUUUUUUGUGUUCUUUUUAUUAUUUGCGGCCUCAGUCCCUCUUUAAGUUGUUUCUUUCUUACCAAAGGAAAUAUGUUAUUUUUUAUAGGUAGAGACUUCUUUUUUCACAAUAUUUCAAAUAAGGCAAAGUUCAGAAUGCUUAAUAAUCAUUGAAAGAAGAGAUAUUGCUUGAGAAUAUUAAAACUUAAGAUCUUUUCCCUACUGUGAUGAGAAUUAUCUAUAUUGCUGAAGUGAAGGAACCUGUUGAAAUAUUUUUUAAGAUGUAGUACAAUAUGAAUACUUUUCCAAAGAAAUUUGCAUCUGUUGUCGAGAAAAUGAAUAAAUCCCCAAAUGGACUUUGCAACUUUGCAAUUCAAUUAAGCCUUUCAGAUCUCACCCCUUCAUUUCUUUAUGAACCUGAGCCAUCAUACCCAUCAUAUUACAGAUGAGUAAGUACUUUAAGCUGAAGGCGUGAUUACAAGAAACAAAAUUCAAACAAAAAAGUACCUAUUGCUUGUAAAUUCUAAGAGGCAUCUAUUUCAAUAUUUUUCUCAUGCCUUUUUUGCAUUGCUCCUUAUGGCCCUUUUGCUUUUGGAGUUUAUCUUUGUAAAACUUUUUUUUCUUUUUUAAGAUUUUUAAACUCCGCAAACAAGAUAUGUGGUCCGGUAGUUUCACUGUCAAUGUAUCAACUUAAUAGCUCCUUAUUGCCCUGUUGGUUUUGGAGUUUAUCUUUUAAAAACUUUUUUAAGUCUUGUUAUAUUUAAAUGUUAGGAUUGUUGAAUGUGUUUCUUUGUCUUGUUUUUAUUUUUAUAACUUUAAUAUAUAAAAUAUUUCCAUUUUUA